UCGUUUCUCCAACAGGACAAUCGCGCCCAGUCUCGACGCUAUCCAAACUUCGUUAGCACUUCAGAUCACCGUGGUUGAUUGGGUAUCUGUUGUUUGUGGCCGAUAGCAUGGAUCCUGCGUCCGUUGCUCUGGCCGUGGUCAGCGUGAUAGAUCUCUGCUACAAGUAUGGAAACAAACUGGCCGUCCUGUGCCAUCAAUACCGACACCUAGACGCGGAUCUAGGAGAAAUAAUCCUCUCCAUCCAAGCAUCAUGGUUGAAAAUGGAUAUACAGCUGAAAUCGCUGCGAGCGAUAUGCGACAAACUGGACUAUCCGCUGUUGAACCUCUACCAUGAUGCCCUGACCCAUCUGGAGGCGAAGCUCACAAAGGCUUCGGAGAGUUUUCAGGUUGUGCAGGCAAAGACUGGCGUGGCGUUCAACGUGCAUCAGAAGUUGAAGGCCGUGUACCUGAAGCGCGAACUCGCGCAGACUGUCGGUGAUCUUGAGGAGUGGCAGAGGAGGUUUGAUCCGUCUUGGUACCUUAUUACCAGGAUAGCGAAUCCCGAUGUUGAUAGGAAGCUGCAGAACGUUCGUCCCGCGCAGCAGCAGCAGCAGCAGCAACAAUCACAAUCACCAUCCACACGUCUAACACGGAUGAGAGAGUCUAUCAAGCAGCUCUCAUCUCAGGGGGAGGAGACGACUGGGUCUAUUUUCAAAGAUGCGACAUCAAUAAGCAGCGGGAUGUUGAGGGUUGAAGGAACGAAUGCAUACCUGUCGAAGUAUAAAAACGGCGCCCGAUCUGUCAUCCUUGACCCGGCGAACCUGCUCAGUCAGAGCCAGGUAUCUAGUACAACCGCAAAGCUACACAUCCGAGAUCUAGCAAGACUCCUGCUGCACAUUGACCCGUUGACAUUCCAUCUCUUGCGAUGCGACGGCGUGAUCGAAUUACCAACCGCAUAUGGAAUGCAAUUUCAUCUGCUCCUAGAGAUCCCUGCCGGUCUAUCCUCACCAAAAACCCUGCGGCGGCUUCUCUUGCAAAGACCCAUACGCAAAUGCUCAUUAAGCCAGCGAAUCCAAUUAUCCAAGCAGCUCGCUCGCUCAGUCAUGUUUGUGCAUACAGCAGGCUUCGUGCACAAGAACAUCAGCCCGACCACGGACCUUGUCUUCCACGACGACAAAGGCAACGUGGAGCUGGGUCCGUCGUUUCUCAUCGGCUUCGAACGGAUACGCAAAGCUGAAGGCCGGACAGAAAAGUUCGGGGACUUGGACUGGGAGAAGAACCUCUACCGGCAUCCACUGCGUCAGGGUCUCCACCCGGAAGAUAUAUUCGAGAUGCGGCAUGACAUUUAUAGUCUUGGGGUGUGUUUGCUCGAGAUAGCUCUGUGGGAAUCAUUCGUCCGUUUUGAAGAUGGAGAAGGAGGGGAGAGGAAGGCUGUCCCUUGGUCUGGGCUGGAGAUAUUGGACUCCCUAGCGGAUAGGGACCAGCGACGUGGUGCGUUCGCAACAAAGGAUCGACUAUUAGAGAUAUGCAAGGAAGAUCUACCCAGUGUAGUAGGGGAGAAAUACACUAGUGUCGUUGUUGCCUGCCUUUGCUGUUUGGAUGAGACUGACGAUAACCCGUUUCGGGAUGAGAAGAGCUUUCAGGACAGAGACGGGAUUGUAAUAGGGGUGAGGUAUAUUGAGAAUGUUCUUUUGAAAUUGGAGGAGCUGGUCAUAUAACUGCGGUAGCUGCUUGCCUAGACAAUACAAAUAAUCGAAUACCAAUUCGAGUGCCAAAUGCCAUUUUGAUAAUUUCCUAAUUAUCUUCGCGCUAGUUGAUCGGAUUGGCAAUUAAAAUGCCGA